UUAGGAUGCAUUUAACUUUAACAUUUUUAAAAUUUACUUUCGAUUUAUUAUAGUACAUGACUCAUCAUUGGCAAUAGUCAACCGUUAAAAUUACGGUGUUUAAACUGCAACGAAAUUUUAGCGUCAUUAAUUAGUUCUUAAUUUUACAGAAUAUAAUAAUGUACAAUUUGGACUGUAAUCCAGAUAUUGAAAAACAUUAUACAGGGCAUACUGGAAGAAUAACAGGUAUCUCAUUUCAUCCUGAAACGAACCAAGUUGUUUCCUGUAGUACGGAUAAGAGUUUGAUAGUACGAAAGAUUAAUUCAACAAGAGCUUAUAGAUUUCACGCACAUAAUGAUGAAGUUACCGAUGUAAAUUACGCUCCUUCUGGAGAAGUUUUUGCAAGUGCAUCCAAAGACAGAACCGUAAAAAUAUGGGUUCCAAAAAUUAGAGCAGAAUGCCUAGACUUUAUACCACAUCAAGGUACCGUAAGGUCUAUACAAUUUAAUCCAGAUGGUGACAAGUUACUAACUUCGUCGGAUGAUAAAACUAUAAAAUUGUGGAUGGUUUGUCAAAGAAGAUUUUUGAUGUCAUUCAUAGGUCAUACAAAUUGGGUAAAAUAUGCCACAUUUUCACCAGAUGGAAAACUCAUUGUCUCAUGUAGUGACGAUAAGACUAUAAAGAUAUGGGAUGUUGUAAGCAAUCAAUGCAUAAAAACAUUUAAUGAAAUAAAAGCAUCGUUCGUUGAUGUUGAAUUUCACCCACAUGGAAUUGCAAUUGGUGCAGCUAGUACAUCGGGUUCUAUAAAAAUCUUUGAUUUGAAGACAGGAUUUUUACAACAAUGUUACGAUGCUCACCAAGGGCCAGUAUGUAAAGUAAGAUUUCAUCCAAAUGGGAAAUUUAUGCUGACAGCAUCGCAAGAUUCUACAUUAAAGGUACUUGAUUUAUUAGAAGGUAGACCCAUUUACACACUCAAUAGCCAUACUGGCAGCGUAAGUGCCAUAGCAUUUUCAAAAGAAGGAGAUUAUUUUGCAUCGGGUGGUUCCGAUUGUCAGCUUUACAUUUGGAAAUCUAAUUUUGAUAGAGAAUGCAACAUUUGA